CAGCCUCGCUCGCGUAGGUGUUUCCGGUGUCUUAUGACAUUUUACUUCCUUCCACACAGACCGACACGAACAAAUCGAGAAAGAAGACAUCGCUAACUUUUAAAAGCUGUAGUUUACAGUCGCUUAUCCAGCCAAGUUUUCGUUUCAUUUCCACAUUAACAUGCUCGUAAUGUCGCGACAGGCGUCCGAGAACUGAGGUAUAAGUGAGAACCUUUGAGCGCAGCGUGCAGGCCUCUGAAGAAAGUUUGGUCGCGGGCCUGUAAACAACAUGUCCUCCGCCUCGCAGUCCUCCUCUAGACGGCAAUGGUGCUACCUCUGCGAUCUGCCCAAGAUGCCCUGGGCCAUGCUGUGGGAGUUCAGCGAGGCAGUCUGUCGGGGAUGUGUCAACUACGACGGCGCAGACAGGAUAGAGCUCCUCAUCGAGACUGCCAGGCAGCUAAAGAGCACACACGGGGUUUUAGACGGGAGGUCCCCCGGUCCUCCACAGGGGAAACCCAGCUCUGCGGGGCCCAUUGAAGCAGGGCGGCAGCAUGCAGAGCGUAUAGAGAGGGGGAGGGGUGAGUAUGGGGUAUCCUCUCGCCUCCCCAACGGGCUGCACAGAGCUGAAGAUGUGGCCCUGUCAGAGGGCAGCAGACAGAGUCCAAACACUCGGAGGGCUGUGGUGGGAGCAGUCCCCAGUCUCCACGGCACCAUAUCUCAUGCGUUGAUAGCUCAGGGGUUAGUAGCAUCCCCACAUGGCCUGUUAGCCCCAUUAUCAGGCUCUAGGGCAGGGGGCACACCUAUUGCAGUUUCAGCUGGCCCCAUAAUGGGUGAGGUUGGUAGGAGGCAGGCUGUGGCUCUGGGUGUGGGGGCCAGCACCUCAGCUCUGGUGGGUAUAGACCCAGCAGUGUGGAGGAACAAUGAGGUGAUGGCUGAGCUGAAUGAGGUGGCUCGCAGCAGGGUUGAAGGCUGGCCCAACCGUCCCAAAGCAGUUCGGGAUGUUCUUGUAGCUCUGAGCAGCUGCGUUCCCUUCAACGUCCGCUUCAGGAAAGACCACAACCUGAUGGGCCGGGUCCUGGCCUUCGAUGUCAGCAGCACCCCAGAGUUUGAGCUGAAGGUGUUUGUGGAGUAUCCUGCCGGCUCAGGGAUGAUCUUCUCAGGAGUCCCAGAUCUGGUCAGGCAGAUGUUCCGAGACUCAGCCAAAGACGCAGGUAAAGUGGUGAACUCUGGGCUUCGGUAUGUGGAAUAUGAGAAGAGGCAAGGCUCGGGGGACUGGCGAGGGCUGUCUGAGCUGUUGAAUGAUGGUGUUCGGAUGUUUAAAGAGCCCCCGAUUCCUGAGGUUCUCCCCCAGCCAGAUGCAGGGUUGCCUAUGGCAGCUGUUGGACGUCCUGGACCUGCUAAGGGUACAACUCGACGCCGCAAAGCUUCACCGGGUUCUGAGAACGGAGAGAGCGAUGGGAGACCUGAUCACCCUGCCAGAGAUCCGUGGCCCCGGGGUGCUUACUCGGGCAUGGAGCCUCUUCCGGGCAUGGCUGCCCCUCAAGAGGGUCCACCCCGUCUACACAGCCAGCCCUCGCCCAUCUCAGCACUCAUGGGCGUUGCAGACAGCCUGAGCUCCAGCCAGAUGGCCAGAGACAGCCCCAGCAUGUCAACAGCCCACUCCUCCUCAGCCGGGCAUCCCACCAGCAGCAGCCCCUCCACCUCCUCCACCUCAGUGUCCCAGUCAGCCAUGGGGCAGGGCCUGAGCACGGUGGGUCAGAGCAGUAACACCAGCGCCGGGGAGUCAACGAGCAGCGGUCAGGGUGCGCUGCUAUGCUGCACCCUCUGCAGAGAGCGCCUGGAGGACACUCACUUUGUCCAGUGUCCGUCUGUCCCCCACCACAAGUUCUGCUUCCCCUGCACCCGAGGGUUCAUUCGCAGCCAGGGGCCGGGCGGGGAGGUGUACUGCCCCAGUGGAGAGCGCUGUCCCCUGGCUGGAUCCACCGUGCCUUGGGCUUUCAUGCAGGGAGAGAUCUCCACCAUCCUGGCUGGAGAUGGAGACGUGACAGUAAAGAAGGAGAGCGACCCUUGACAUCUCCCUCCUCAUGUGGUGAAUGUGGAUCAAACACUUUGAAAGCACUUCCUUAUUAUGUCAGCAGAGGUCCACUUUGUCUGCAGCUCAUGAUGUGUGCCUCUGAGAGCAGAGAAACUCUGUACCAGGAGGAGGAGGAGGAGGACAGCUACACAAACACAGAAACUAAAGACACAAACAGGCUCACUUUGAGCAGAGGGACACGUCCGUCUGUCUGUCAGGGCUGCGACUUCACCACUGAAUGUUAGUCCUGACCAAAACUUUAACGCCCAGGAUAGAAAGCACAUGCUUGUUUUUUAAAACGACAAUCUCUUCUGUCUUUCAUUUGUGUUUUUUUGUUCUAUUUGUUGCAUACUACAGACGGAUGACAGCGAUAAAAGAUAGAUGCAAUUCUUCAAAAAACAAGUGAAUGUUCAAAAUGUGGCAGAAACCAUCGGGUCCUUAAAGCCAAGGAUUAAAAAUGUAAUCCCACAGUAUGUCUCUUAGGUAAUCUCCUUAUAUUGUAUGUCAAAAAUGUGAAUUUACUUUCAAUAUGGCUAUGUAAUUUCUAUUUUUGAUACAAUACAAAAUUUAUAUGUAUUUGUUUAUAGUGAUAAGAAGACCAAAGAUGGCUUCAUGCUCAAUGUAAGUUUAUUGUAUUGUAGCUGUGUAUGCUGUACUCACUGAUAACUUUGGCAUCAGUCACUAAUUUGUUCAUCUAUCACAGACGUAAGCUUGUUUUUGUCUAUUUACUUUUUGAACUAUAUGUAUGGUAAAGAUAAUUAGCACCACGAUCUUCAAUGGUUAACCCACAUAUUCAUGUGAUCUGAACAGGUCAAUUCUACAAUAAAUGACUCAAUAGUU